AUGCCUAGAACGAUCGACCCUGUGAUCGGAAUGGAUGAAGCUCUGAAAAGCAAGGUCCUGGUGAGUUUGGAGGCCGUCGAACAGCGAAGUAGCGAGAAAGACUGUUCUGACCCGGCGCCAACUCUGGCUUGAGGUUUGCAGCGCGAGUAUCGCUACAUGAAGGCGAAUUUUCUCAGCGCAAGCGAGCACGAAGCGUCAAUGGCGAGGCUUGACACCCCAGCGAUCAGAGCUGAAAAAGCACGACGGGUACACGCGAUGCUAGACCAUGCGCCUGUCAAGGUCUCACCUCAAGUCAGACAAACGUUUGUCGAUCACAACCAAGGCCACAUAGAAGAGUCUACUUUCGAGCGGCCAUUUGUCAAGGCGCUUCCGCUGCACGAAAGGUAUCAGCUCAUGGAGCACAUCAAAGCUCAGGCUCGCCAGCAUCAAGUGUAUCCCCAUCACUGGCAGUUGCUCAAGCUUCCAGAUGAGGAGGAAAAAGUCUUGAGUCAAAAGUACGACGAAAGUAAAGCUCGUGCUUUCAAAAAGGCCGAAGCUGCUCUCCGAGGCCCCAGUCAAAAGAAGCAACGCGUAAACAAGGAUGCGGUAGAGAAUGAUGAGCCUCAGACCCCCCUUCGCGAAAGUGAGCAGUUUCGCUUCGUGCCCAGCCGAAGCUCGAGCCCCACACGACCUUCGACCACUACCCCCCUACAGCCGUAUCGAGCUAUCGACAAAGAUCAGAGUGCAAGGUCUGUUCGCGAUAGGCGUCAGGGCGAUCGCCUUUACAACAUCUUGCACAGGGACUUUGGCUUGAGAAGGGUCACGCCUGCUAUGCUAGGCGUGAGCUCUGAGCACGUCACUAAGCAAAGAUCGCCUGUUCGAAUCUUUCCCUUGAAAAAUCCCACAUCGCGGCUUCGUGCAACGUAGCGCAUCACUCCUCGACAAGACACGCUUCCCGAUCAAAUUACACUUGAGAGCGCCAAACAUUGCCCCAUCCGCUAUCAGAGCACUAGCCCGGACGGCAUUCUGUCCCACGUGUGAAGAAAAUAGUUGAUCAAUUGUUCUGGCUGCGCCGACCAUAAUAUUAUCUCAUGCAGAAAUGCAACAUCAGUUGGCCGCAAGCGGUCAGUGGCGACUCUUACGCCACCUAUACAUACUUUCAACCUACUGGACUGCGGCCUUGGGAGCGGUUCUGAGUGCGCUUCGACGGUGUGCGUGUUGGCAAUCUGAAAGAAUUCGCAAAGCCGACAUUUGUUUCCGGCUAAUUAGUGACUGCCAGUCGACCUCAUCAGGGAAUUCUCUGUCCGAUCACACCGACCUUGCGAGGUCACGUCACCUUGGCUGCAGUCGGUCUGCCAGACACAGACGCGCCGGUCGACUUUUGCCACCGAAUACUGUCGCGCUGGUGUUCUACAGGGAUGAUGGCAGUUGCAUUUCAGGUUUGACCAAGUGUGCUGUACAUGUUUAUGCAUGUGGGCGCGUGCGCGACAAUACGCAGCGAAAGCGUCUGGGCGCCAGACUACCUCUAGGCCCAUGCUGUUCGGUGUUUACAAGCCUUGGUAUAGCCACCGAAAGUCGAGGCGAGGGUAGCACCCUCAUCAGUAUCAUCCCGCACGUCAGAUUGACGGCAAGUUCUCGUCCAUACCCGCACGGCACUUGGUAGAGGGAGACGCAAACUGAUCCUCGCCACACUGAACAGCAGCCAAGGAGAGCCGGGAUUACUUGAGGGAGGGGUGCGCCUCGCUCGUUUCUGAUCAGAUGCCAUCACAAGCUAGAGCUACAGCUCUAGCACAGACGCAAGUUGGCCAUCAGGUUGCUUUAUCCCUGUUCGCCUCACCUACAUCUGGCGACGUUCGAUUCUAGAGCACUCCCCUUCAAAUUGACCAAAGCGUCAUUUCUCUGUUGUGAACGCGCCUUGCCGACAAGUCCAUACCAGCGGCUCCCCUGGAGAUAGAUUCGAUACUCUCCUUUCUCCCUUCUUGUGAUGCUGUCAAUACCUCAGAGCACGGCGCUGAACCUUCUACUCUUUUUGGCCUUCGCUGCGCCAGCUUGCGCACUGUUUGGCAGAAAUGGCGCAAACUCCUACUCUGCUGCUCGCUGGCUCCAGGAUGCGAGAAGCCGUCACAUAGACCAGGAUGCUGCGGAUGCCUUCAUGAGAAAUCCCCUCAAUGGAAUGGAUCCAGGUCUUAGGCGUCGGCUUCUUGUGAGUCACACCGCGGACUCGAGCGAGCGUCCACGAUAGCUGACGACAUCACUAUCACCUGAAAGGCCCAGCAGAGACAUCGUGCUCAGAAUUAUAUGAAGUGGAACGGUGAAGAAUGGAAUGCAUUCCAUUAUCGGCCCGACACUCCCGCUGAGAUUGCAGAGAAGCAGCGUAGGGUCCAUCUGUUGCUGGAUAGCGCGCCCGUCAAUGUGCCUGAAGCCGCCAGAGCGCAUUUGACAGCGGAAAGACAACUGGACGACAUUGACGCAAUGCAUCUCCAGUAUGGCGGCGAGCUGCAAAAUCACAUGAGUCGUGGUGACCGGGAGGCUCUCGCAGAUCACUACGACCGCCUCAAUCAAAUUCACAGCGUCUAUCCGUUCGCGCGGGAUCUUGUUAGGCUGCCGCGCGAAGAGCAGCAGCGCCUGGAAGAUCUUGGUCACGCAGAGCAUGCAGCGGCUCAAGGCCGACGUCAGCGUGAUCGAAGUCGAUCACGAAGUCCAACUCGUUUUUCGCCUACCGGUCAUGCUGGUCGUGUGUCAGGAGAGGAACCUCUACUGCCGUCAAGCUCAACACGCUCACGUUCUCGUUCAGGCUCUCCUCCCGACACUGCGUGGCUGCCCCAUCCGCGCACUGGAUAAGCGGACGACCGGACGGAAGGCAAUCGUCACAGGGGCCGUCAAGUGUUGAGCUCCUGCUUUGCCACUGUUGCCAACAGUAGUUACAAGUCGUACCCCCGCUCUGCUAUCAGGCAUGUCUCGUCUGUUCGCCACCCCUUAAGCUUUCCGCUGUUAGUAAAUUUUGGUGCAGAGCCCACCCCUCAAUCCUCAACGCGUCCAUUCAACGACCUUGAUACAACCUUUCUGCACCUCGAAUCGAUUGUCUGAUAAUACUGGCUCGUCGAAAGAAUGCUGAGCUCAAGGGGAACGUCGCUUGAUUGAAACGCUACCGGCAAAGCGGCGUCAGCCGAAGGCGCAUUCUAGACGGGCCGCAAACGUCCUGCCGAAAACACCGCAAACCCCAUGCAAAUCGCUGUGCUCAGCCGGAACGAGAGAUCUUGCUGUCGGACCCCGCCACCUGAUAUCUAGAGCGAGACGGAGGCUACCAAGAGUACUUCGCUUUCCCUUGUAGGAGCUUGGCGAAUAUUCAGCCAACGCCACUAACGACCCAGAUCGCCACCGCUCGCAAGUCGAAGGAUGAAACGGCAAUAUGAUCUCCAUAGCACGACCUUGAUUUGCCGCUGCUGCUUGCUGCCCCUCUCAAAGAUGUUCAUCUCGCUUCUGGACUACAAAAACGCGGCUCAUUUGCAUUCUACAAUUCCGUCCCAGCCGUGGUUGCGCCGGUCGCAGUCAAGUCCCUGAACACGACUUACCAGUAUUCACUCCGUCAUCAACCGAUGUCACUGAGCUGAAGCUCCUGUUUCAACUUUUAAUACCUCACUCCUCUUUCAAGCUUCGCUAAGCUAUUCGAUCGACCUUUGAGGUCGUUUCGAAUGCGAAGUUCCCAAUCUCCACUCGCCUCUCACGCACAACAUGCGCCUAAGAUGCGCUCUAAUCUUCACAGGGCCUAUCUUCCUUUCAGCUCAGCAAGCGUCCGCGUUUCUCGGGCGAUUUGCGGCCAGCUCAAGCUCGGCGGCUCGUCCGCUUGGUGAAACAGUCGAGCAUGAGCUCGGUGACCCCGCCGUGAGCGCGUUCCUGAGAGAUCCUACACAUGGAAUGGAUCCGCGACUUAGAGCGGAUGUCCUCGUGAGUACGGUGCCACCUGCCCACCAGAAGUGUCACGAGACUGAUAAAUUCUCCGCGACCAGGAUCGAGAGAGAUAUCGCGCUCGAAAUUUCCAUGGCUUGAACAAUCCCGAACAAUGGCGGGUUCUCGCGCGUCCGGACGGACCCGCAGAGAUCGCAGAGAAACAGCGUAGAAUCCAUCUCCUUUUAGACAGUGCCAGCGGCUCCGUCAACGUGCCGCCAGCGGUUCGAGCGCAUCUGACUCAGAACAACGAUCGUUUAAGUGACAUCAACGCUUCACGAUUCCUCACCGAUGGCUUUCUCAAAAUCCACACGUCUCAAGAGGAGCGAGAGAAGCUCGCGAAUCAUUAUCAACAGGUAGCGGGGAAUCAUGAGGUGUUCCCAUUUGGGCCAGAGUUGGCGAAGCUCCCGAGGGAAGAACACGAUCGUCUGGCUGGAGCAGGGUUGCGAGAAUGGCAAGCGCGUGUUGAAACGCUUUCCCCAACACGGCUUGAGCACGAGUCCGAGCAUCUACUGCCAGUAUAUAGGUAUGAUGGACGUUCUCCCCCUCGUUCUCCAACAUCCUCGGCUGCUCUUCGAAGACGCCCGAAGCGAGCCUUUUACAAGAAGCAGUCGCGCUCUCCGUCUUCCUCGCCGGAAGGCGGUCAUAUGCUUCCACCACGCACAGGAUGA